CUCAGAGCUUCUUGUUCUUUGGCUUUCUAAGGAAAAGAGAAAAGGAUUGUGGUUUCUCUUCUUGAACCCUCCUCCCUUUCUCCGAUCCCUCUUCUUGAACCCCAUCACAGCGAUGGAGCUCUCCCGAAAGCUCGAAGCCUGCGAGCAGAAGCGUCGCAGUCUCCAAGAUCAGCUCUCGGAGCUCGAGAGAUGCUGGAAGCCACUGAGCGUGCUCUUCGAACUGAGAGAUUUUGAAGCACUAGAGAUCCACAGGAGCUUGCAAAACUGCCUUGAAAAGAAAAAUGCUGUAGACAAGCGAUAUGCCGAGCUGACGGCUACGAUAAUUGAAACGCCAUCCAGGUUGCGUUUCUUGCACAAGGGCAAUAAAGAUAUGGAAAAUCAGAUUAACACUGCUGCUGCUAUUGUUGAAUCCUUAAGGAGGAACAAUGAGAAGAAGAGGAUUGAUCUUCUAAUAACUGAAAACAAGGUCGAAGGGUUCUCCGAAAUGAAAAGGAGGUUGUUGAUGCAGCUAAGUGGACAAAGGUACUGCCAGCGAGCUGAGACGCAAGCAUCCACAAGUGCUUCUGCUAAAGUAAGAAAAGCUUUUCAUUGGCAUUAUUUUAAUUGAUUGAAGCUUUUUCAUUAGCAUUAUUUUAAUUGAUUGAAGCUAUGAAUUUGACUAAAAUAUGUAAAACAUUUUGUCCAUGCAUCUAUGGGCUUGCAACAUAGUCAUACAUAUAGAUGGAGUCCUUCCAUGUGAAAGUUACGUUUUUAGACACUUGGAAAACAAUCAUGCUGGUAAUCAACUGGAAGUUGCAACUUUGGAGUCAGAAUUGUGACUUCAGUUUCUCUCCUUUCCUGCAUUGUAUCUCUCUGAGCCUAUCAGUGAGCAAUCAUCUCUGUAUUCUACCACAUUUCCAUGUAGGUCCCUAUUUGGCUCAUGUGAGCCAACUUGUGUCUUUUGAAUGGAUAGGUUUUGAAAUCUUGCUAGCAGUGCUCAAUUAUCAGAUCAAAUUAAAUUACCAGCACUGCUUAUCAGAUCCAAUUAAAGUAAGGUGCUUGUCUCAGGUAUAUGUACCUUGACAUUCUUAUGAUGCAUAUUUCUCCUUCAUGUUUCGAUUGUAGCCUAAAAAUAUACCAUCGUUCAUCUAGGAUUGGCCACACAUGACAUUUGAUGCUUGUUAUGGAUCAUAUGUAUACUGUACAAACUAUCAAGCUGACAGUAUAUACGCGCACUUUGGUCCUUUCCUAGAUAUCUUGAAAUUUGUUCUCGAUAUCUGAUGCAACUAAUACCUAACUUUAUGUUACUUGGUACUUGGAUGUUUAACUAAUACCUGGAACAAAAUCUAGGAUUAGAAUUUGAGCUAUUAUAUUCACUCAUGCUUUAUUCUUGUAAUAGGAUUUUCUUGAUUUGUUGAUCAAAAAGUCAAACUUCUCUCAUCUUUUUUAAUUCCUUGUCCAAUUGGGAUGAAGGGAAAGUAAAUGAAGCAUAAAAGAGAAGGCAGUGUAAAGGACAACUGAUAUCACCAGGAUAGCAGAUUGACGAAAAAUACCAUUUUAAUCUCUGUAAUGGGAAUACUGAGGGACUGACUAGUCAUUUGAAAGGUUCAGUAUUAUUGCUAGUUCUUGUUGUAGAAAGCAUUAGACAAAAGAAGUUGUUUCAAAUGAUGAUGAAGUGAGUACCAAUUCCUUCACAUUUUAGUAUCAAUAGUAAUUCGGAUGAGGCAAAUGAAGUUUCUUGAUAUCAGUUCUAUCA